CUGAAAAUUGUCUUAAAAAAAAAAAAUUGCUUUUAUUUCAAUAAAAACCAAACCACACAAUUGUUUCAACAGGGCAAGCACCUGUUAACUACUGUUAACAAAAGUACAAUAUUAAUAUUUCAGUUCUUAUCGUUCUUAAACAUGGUGCAAGCAACGCGGAAAUUUAGCCGCCUACGAUCAUUAGGCAUUGUAACAGCGGGUGCCGCAGCCCUGUACAUGGGCAUAACAGCCUAUAAUAAUCAGGAUAAUUUUUACCGCUCAUUUGUCAUGCCCGUUGCUCGUAUUCUGCCCGCUGAAACAAGUCACAAUUUGGCGGUGUGGGCCUGCAAGCACCGCCUCUACCCCGCCUCUGAUUACACAGAUGAUCUAAAUUUGCACUGCUCCUUCUUUGGUCGCCUCAUUAGCAAUCCAAUUGGUAUUGCAGCCGGUUUCGAUAAAAACGCCGAGGCCAUAAUGGGACUGAAGGAUUUGGGUUUCGGCUUCAUUGAGGUGGGCAGCGUGACGCCUUUGGCCCAGAGUGGGAAUCCGAAGCCGCGCGUAUUUCGUUUAGUUGACGACCGGGCUAUAAUCAACCGCUAUGGCUUUAAUAGUGAGGGCCACGACGUGGUGUUGAAGCGCUUGAGGGACCUUCGUCAGCGCGAAGACUUUAAUGCUAUUGUGGGAGUAAAUUUGGGCAGGAACCGCGACACGAUGACCCCCAUUGGCGACUACGUGAAAGGCGUACGUACCUUUGGGCCCGUCGCCGAUUAUCUGGUCAUCAAUGUCAGCAGUCCUAAUACGAAAGGACUGCGGGAAAUGCAAAGUAAAAAGGAGCUCACAGAACUGCUCGAAGCAGUAAAUGCAGCCCGUGGCAAACUUAAAGUCAACCCGAAUGUGCCCAUAUUGUUGAAGCUGUCGCCCGAUCUGGAACGCCGUGAGCUGAUUGACAUCAUUUCCGUCAUCAACAAUAAGAAAUGUCGCGUUGAUGGUUUAAUUGUAUCAAACACCACGCUCUCCCGAGACAAUAUCAAUGAUAUUUCAUUGGCCAACGAGGCGGGUGGUUUGAGUGGCGAACCGCUGCGUGAGCGGUCCACCAAGAUGAUUGCUCAAGUCUACUCGCUGACCAAAGGUAGUAUUCCCAUCAUAGGAGUGGGUGGUGUGGCCUCUGGAAAUGAUGCGUUCGAAAAGAUUGAGGCUGGUGCCUCAUUUGUUCAGAUCUAUACAGCUCUCGUGUAUGAAGGGCCCGAAGUUGUGGAGCGUAUCAAAAGCGACCUCUCGAUGCGGCUUAGUGAAUUGGGCCUGGCCAAUGUUGGACGUGCUGUUGGUUCCAACUACUCCAAAUAUUUGCCUUAAGACAUCGUAUCAAAACAAUAAAAUUGUUUGUAUAUUUCUCAUAA